AUGUCUUCAUAUCAAUCUCAACCAGGCUGUCGUGAUGAACAACAGCGCCAACAACAACAACAAGCUGCAUCACUGAGUUACACUCAAAAUGCUGCAGCAGCUUCACAUCAUCCAUCGAUUUCAUCGGAAGCGGCCAGUAGUGGACAUCAUCGUAGUAGCAAAAAACGUCCAGUCGUCUUUGUAGUCUAUUACUCAAUGUAUGGUCAUAUCGAACGUAUGGCCAAAGAAGUAGUCGCUGGCGUUGAAGCUUCGGGCUGUGAAUGUCGCUUAUUUCAAAUCGCAGAAACGUUGCCCAGCGAAGUUCUCUCUAAAAUGCAUGCUAAAGAGAAGAACUCUCAAGUGCCAAUUAUCUCAGUUGAUCAACUACCUGAAGCAGAUGGCAUCCUUUUUGGCAUACCUACACGUUUUGGUUCAGCACCAACACAAGUACGUGCUCUAUUUGAUCAAUGUGGGCGUCAUUGGAUGUCCGAUGCACUUUUUGGCAAACCAGUUGGUAUUUUCUUCUCGACAGGCUCUCUUGGUGGUGGUCAAGAGACGACUGCACUCACUUGUGUCACUUUCUUCUCCCAUCUUGGCAUGAUUUUCGUACCACUCGGAUAUAAGGACAAAAGUCUUCAAAAUAUCGACGAAGUACAUGGUGGAUCAGCAUACGGUGCGGGCACACUCGCUGGUGAUGGUUCGCGACAGCCAAGUGCGCUCGAACUCAAAGUUGCGCAAACCCAAGGUCGACAAUUUGGAAAAGUUGUUAAAAAACUCGCUCGUUAG